GUAUUACAUAUAGAAAUGUGCGGCAAAUGUAUUGACUAUAUAUUGAAUGUAUUGUACAUUGAAUGCAAAAUAUUUACUGUAAAUACAGUGUAUAAUAGAAUUCAAUGCAAACAACAAAACAGUGAUUCGAUUCUGAAUUUUAUUGAAACAUAAAAAACAAAAACUUGAAUUCAAUUCAUAUUUUUUUGUCAGACAUUUAUUUCGGUAACCAUUUUUCGGUACCGAUAACUGUCAAUAUCUCUCUCUCAUUGGCCACUACUGACCACCACUGACUCUUCGGUUGGGAAAAAACAAUGCCACAAGAGUUUGUUGUGCUCAAGUGCUGCCACUGUGACACCUAUCAGAUCCAACAGUCAAAGAAAUCAAUCAAAUGGUUGUGCAAAGUAUGCGAUCAGAAACAAUCGGUUAAACAGUUUUAUGGUCGCGGAUCGGCCAGAGAAUGCCGACUAACUGUACAAUCGUUGAACAGUGUCGGACACCAACAACAAUUGGACUUUACAACAAUCGGCCGCUGCCGCGAUAUAACAAUGGACACAACUCAGGUGGUGCCCAAUCACGAUGAUAUCGACGCCAAGAUAUUGGCCGCUAUGUUAGCCACUUAUGUUACCGAUGAUGACGACGAUGUCGGCAACGACUCGAGCGAUGAUUCGUCGAGUGCUAAACGUCUGAAACUGUCGUCAGAUGAAGAUAACGACAACAACAACAAUGACCAUCACUUUGAUGAUCGCCGCCAAAACGGUCGGCUCAGUGACGACGACCAGAGAUCGUUGUCCACAUCGACGACGACGAUGUCAACGGCGGCCGCUAUCUUAUGGCAAAAUCCCAGCCAAUUGUAUGGCAGCCGACCGGUCAGCAAAUGGUCCAAAUUCUUGAAGUGAUGGACAAACAGAGAGACACAACACAUCUAAUAUGUGUUAUAUAUAUAUAUAGUCUUCGCAUUUGUUUUUCUGUUGUUUAUUAUUAUUGACUUUUCUCUCACAUAUGAUAUCCAAUGAUAUCUUUCAUUUAAUUAUUAUUUGUUUCUUUCUUAUGAUUUACUUAAUUAUUAUUAUUAUAUA